AUUUGUAUUCAGGCACACUCCCUAGUAGAGAGCAGAGCUAAAGGAGACAUUCACCAGGUAAAUCUCACUUUCAGGUUGUUUUUUUUCUCUAAAAUAAAAACACAUGUAUACUGUAGUAGACAAAAAAUGCAAUUUAUCUUCAGUUGGACUUGGAGGGUUUCAGCUCUUCUGUCUGUCUGACAGACGGUGUGAACGCUCAAUGGCUUUGAAGUAGGUGGUCUCAGAGGGAUCGUUUUAGAUUUUCUAUUGAAAAGAAAUACGUGAAAAAAAUGAUGAUGAACGCCACAGAUUCCAUUGAAGCUCUUGUACGAGCCACUUCAGAACUAAUCUGUUGGUACGAGUCUGACCCCGCUGAACCGAGCUGUAUAAUGUGCCAUCAAACCAGCGACGCUGUAUGUUAAUGAGUGUUGUGGAGACAGUCUGACAGAAGAAAGGGACAUUAAAACUUCCUUUUUUCUUUUCUUCUGUAUUCAGAAUUCCCCUUUUUAAAGUCGCUCCUCUACACAGCCUCACUUCACUUUCUCUUUCAUCUUCACCUCUAACUGCGUCUCGUCGUCCGUGGAGAGCCCUUCGCCUCCCUGUCUGUCUUUCAUUUUUUUUUUGUCUCUGCUUUGUUUUGUUUUCUGUCCUUCGCAGGGGGGAAACAUCGAUGCUGAGCUGAUCCACCGGGGGGGAUGCCGGCAGUGAAUGAAAAAGAGAACAGCAUCUAUAUCUGAAUCACUCAGGCACACGCUCCCUCAUCUCCUGCAACUCACUGUGCAGUCCAUCACUGUUUCCUGCCUGUCAUCUCUACUUUGAUCCGGUCGUACACGUUUGUUUUUUCGGGGGGGAGAAGUUUAACAGCAGCCUCCGGGCUUUGGUCCCCCUUCAGCCUGACCCGUGACACACAGUCUCUCCUCACAUCACCCCCUCCCCUCUCCUCCCUCCCUCUGCCAUGUCCAACGACAACAGCAGCCUCCUCGGCGCCUGGGAGGCCUCCGAUUGGGCAGAAACCCCUCAGUGUCCGCCUUCGGUUGGCGGGGCGACUUUCUUGAUUGUGGCUUACAGUGCUGUCAUAGCCAUCGGGUUGCUAGGCAAUGCAGGCCUGGUGUUCAUCAUCGCCCGGCAACAGGAGUUGCGUAAUGUCACCAACAUCCUGAUCGCCAACCUGUCGUGCUCUGACAUCCUCAUGUGUGUGGUGUGUCUGCCCGUCACCGUCAUAUACACGCUGAUGGACCGCUGGGUGCUGGGAGAGGCCCUGUGUAAGGUGACUCCGUUUGUUCAGUGCAUGUCAGUGACAGUCUCUAUCUUCUCCCUGGUGCUGAUCGCUCUGGAGCGUCACCAGCUGAUCCUCCAUCCCACCGGCUGGUCCCCCGCCGCCGGACACUCCUACCUGGCUGUAGGGCUGACGUGGCUGGUGGCCUGCUUCAUCUCUCUGCCCUUCCUCUCCUUCAACAUCCUCACUAAUGAUCCCUUCCAGAACAUCAGCCUGCCCGCCAACCCGUUCAGAGACCACUUGAUCUGUAUGGAGCUGUGGCCGUCAGAUAAACAUCGUCUCGCCUACACGACCUCGCUGCUGCUCUUCCAGUACUGCCUGCCUCUGCUGCUGGUGCUCCUCUGCUACCUGCGGAUCUUCCUGCGCCUGAGACGACGCAGGGACAUGCUGGAGCGCAGCAGGAGGACUCGAGGGGCCCAGAGGAUUAACGUCAUGCUGUUAGCCAUCGUCAUAGCCUUCGCUCUGUGCUGGCUGCCGCUGAACGUCUUCAACACCUUGUUCGACUGGCACCACCAGGCCUUACCCGACUGCCAGCACGACGUCGUCUUCUCCGCCUGCCACCUGACAGCGAUGGCCUCCACCUGCAUUAACCCCGUGGUGUACGGCUUUCUCAAUAGCAACUUCCAGAGGGAGCUGAAGGUGACGCUGCAGCGCUGCCAGUGCGGCGGCCGGGCGGCAGAGAGCUACGAGAGCUUCCCUCUCUCCACCGUGGGCAGCGAGGGCAUGACCAAAGCCACGUCCCUCAACAGGAUGGGAUCCGUGUGCGUUCCCUCACCCAAACCUGAGAUCAGCUCAGAGAUACCAGCUAAAACAAUACCAGCUAACACCUAGGAACCACUGGCAGCAAACUCUUUUCUGACAAGUGGCUGAAGGCAAUCAGCUUGUGAGUGUCUGACAGCUGGAACAGCGUGUAACAGACUGUCUGGGACCUCUGAGCGAGUCAAUUACUUCACUUCAUUUCCAUAACUUUCCUGCCAGAAUGAAACAGCUUAUUUCAGUCGGGAUGACUGUUCAGGAACAGGACAGGUUCACUGAUGGAUCCUCAAGUCCAAACACAAGAGGCAAAUGGACUCUGCAGAGGGACAUCGAGCAGUGGAAGAGCUGGUAGAGUUGACUGUUCGCUAAGCCCCGCCCCCUUGGUUACAGUUGCUAUGGUUGUCGGGAUUUACACAUUAGCACGGUUCGUCUGCAGUUUACAUAGACACGUUUAUAUGUGCACCAGUAUCCUGGUUAUGUUUUGUGCAUGUAAACAUCUCAACCUGGUUUCAGAAAUGUGGUGAGAAAUCAAGAUACAGCUGCACACAGAUGAAACCUGGAUACUGUUAGAAUCAUGUAAACAUGGAUAUGAAUAACCAGGUAAACACCAUAUGAUUGAAUAUGAUUAAAACCAGGAUAAGACUCAAAACCGGGAUACUAGUGCACAUGUAAACGCACUCAGAGUUGCGACAUGUGGAAGAUUUCAGGUGCUCUGGUUACAGAGGGAAACAUCUCAUUUCAUUUUUCUCAUAGACAACAUUAGUGACUCACUUCUACAGUUUAGAUCAACAUGAAACUCUCCUGGUUGAAUCAUCAGUCCAAACAAUUAACAACUAUGUUAGAAAAUAUCUGGU